UCAGAGCAGGUUAAGGUGCCUCGAGUCAUCGGCUACUGACCAGUUAGCCAGGGCGCUGUGUUAGAAACUUAGGUCGUUAAUCCCGGCCCACACUACACUGACGAACCUGGAGAGUGUGCAAACGUGUGCCUAAGUCACAUUAUAGCUUCGAAUUCAAUGGGUGGGGAUCAGUGCCAUUUACGAGUUCCAAAGAGUCCGGAAUCUUCCUGUAGGCAGCGUGCACACGCCAUCUUAUGCAAUGGCUCGGUCUCUACUCCCAAGAGGAUGGCAGGAGGGGGCUGGCGAGCGGCCUUCAGUCCACAGAGCUGGCUCAGCAAGGGUCGCCUCCUUAGAAACAGCGCUCUGCCUCUGCACACGUCCCGCCCGGAUGCGGCAGGUGCUGCACGCCCCACCUAGGGUCUUGGGUUCCUUCCUCAUCGUGUCCGGUGAGGGCUCCGAGCUCGCCACACGCGUCCCUGCGCAUCCUUCCCCACAGCCCCGCUUCCCAGCGCUGACUCAGCCCCACGCCCUCUCCGCAGCACUGCCGCAGCUGCCAUGGCAACCGUGCGCCACCGCCUCUCCGCGCCGGCCACGAACUAACGGACUCCGGGCGGCGGCUAGCGGCGCCCCGCCUCGUCCCUCCCCGCUCCUUGACAGCCCUGACCUGCAAGAUCUAAGUGGUGUCUGAAAGAAGAUGAAUUUGGCCGAGAUUUGUGAGAAUGCGAAGAAAGGCCGGGAAUAUGCGCUUCUGGGGAAUUAUGACUCGUCAAUGGUAUAUUACCAGGGAGUGAUACAGCAGAUCCAGAGACACUGCCAGUCACUGAGAGACCCGGCCACCAAAGCGAAGUGGCAGCAGGUUCGGCAGGAACUCUUGGAAGAAUAUGAACAAGUUAAGAGUAUCGUCAGCACGUUAGAAAGCUUUAAGAUGGACAAGCCCCCUGACUUCCCUGUGUCUUGUCGAGAUGAACCAUUUAGAGAUCCAGCAGUAUGGCCACCCCCGGUCCCUGCAGAACACAGAGCACCACCUCAAAUCAGGCGUCCCAACCGAGAAGUGAGGCCUCUGCGGAAAGACGUGGGGGCAGGAGCCCGGGGCCUCGUGGGCCGAGCACACCAGAUAUCGAAGAGUGAUAAAGCUGCAAGUCGGGACAAGGACUAUAGAGCAAGAGGGAGAGAUGACAAGGCAAGGAAAAAUAUGCAAGAUGGCGCAAGUGAUGGUGAAAUCCCCAAGUUCGAUGGCGCUGGGUAUGACAAGGAUCUGGUGGAGGCUCUGGAGAGGGACAUUGUGUCCAGGAACCCUAGCAUUCACUGGGAUGACAUAGCAGAUCUGGAGGAAGCUAAGAAGUUGCUCCGGGAAGCCGUUGUCCUUCCCAUGUGGAUGCCUGACUUUUUCAAAGGGAUUAGAAGGCCAUGGAAGGGUGUGCUGAUGGUCGGCCCUCCAGGGACUGGUAAGACUAUGCUGGCUAAAGCUGUUGCCACCGAAUGUGGGACAACCUUUUUCAACGUCUCCUCUUCCACCCUGACAUCUAAGUACCGAGGCGAGUCUGAGAAGUUGGUCCGUCUGUUGUUUGAAAUGGCGAGGUUCUAUGCGCCCACCACGAUCUUCAUCGAUGAAAUAGACUCCAUCUGCAGUCGAAGAGGGACCUCCGAUGAGCAUGAGGCCAGCCGCAGAGUGAAGUCCGAGCUCCUCAUCCAGAUGGAUGGAGUUGGAGGAGCCUUAGAAAACGAUGAUCCAUCCAAAAUGGUGAUGGUCCUGGCGGCUACGAACUUCCCGUGGGACAUCGAUGAGGCUCUGCGCAGGAGACUGGAGAAGAGGAUCUACAUCCCUCUCCCCACAGCAAAAGGAAGGGCGGAGCUCCUGAAGAUCAGCCUCCGGGAGGUGGAGCUGGACCCCGACAUCCACCUGGAGGACAUCGCUGAAAAGACCGAGGGCUACUCGGGCGCCGACAUAACUAACAUCUGCAGAGACGCUUCUCUGAUGGCCAUGAGGCGGCGCAUCAACGGCCUGAGUCCAGAAGAGAUUCGGGCCCUGUCCAAGGAAGAGCUGCAGAUGCCUGUCACCAGAGGGGACUUGGAGCUGGCGCUGAAGAAAAUCGCCAAGUCUGUCUCUGCGGCAGACCUGGAGAAGUACGAAAAGUGGAUGGUUGAGUUCGGAUCUGCGUGACUGGUCAGCGUCUUCCAUUUCCGGGAGUUUGUUUAUGAAAUGUGAAGAAAUUCCUGAAAUUAAAAAAAAAAAAAGUCUGGAAUUUUUAAUCAGAGAAAUCUUCACUUAAAGGCCAAAACAAAAAUGCCUAGAGGUACA